AUGGUUAUUGGGUGCAUCCAUUGGCCAUCUUGCCUUGUCGAGGAUGCUGGAGACCACUACAAUUACACGAAUCCCGCCCUUCAGGAUGCUUUAUAUAAAGCAAUCCCAGCUAUAUUCGACAUCCUCAUCGGCCAGCGAUCACAUCCCAUCAUUUCUGACUACCGUGCUAUCAAGGACGAUGGCAUCGAAGACCUAAAGAAUGUUGCGAAGUGGCAAGACUCACUCAAGUUACCUAUAUUCCAUGCUGACAGUAUACUCCUGCCUCCUUUGCUCGAAGAGCUAAUGGUCCGCUUACGCAACCUGCCGUACGACAUCUACAAAAUCCACAAGUUGCAUGUCGACACUCUGGUCCAUGGUCCGGGCCUUCUACUCUCGAAGGUGGUUGUUCUUCGCACCUGUUUGCACAGGAAGGCAUGUGACGACAACGAGAUUUAA